CGCCAAUUUUAUUUUAGAAAUGAUGAUGUAGGAAGCGACGAUUCAAAGCAACAUGGAAUUCCUGAAAGAUUUAGCUGCUUCUUUGAGAAGUGCAAGGACUGUAGAGCUACCAAAGGAUGAGAAGUCUGCAUUUUACAUGCUCAUGUCCAUGGUAAUUGCAAAUCAGUACAGAUCAGUGUCAGAUCUUCUUUCAAACUCCAAGUUCAACAUCAAUUUUGCACCUGGCAGAGGACAUAGAAAUUUGCUGCACAUUGCCGCAAACUGUGGGUCGUACGACUGUUUGCUGAUUCUACUAAAGAAGGGAAUAGAAGUCAACAGACAGGACGUGUCUGGAUGCACUCCGCUACAUCUGGCGGCUAGGAACGGACAAAAGAGGUGUAUUGACAAACUUUUGGAGUACAAUGCUGAUGUGAACAUCAGAAACAAUGAAGGACUGACAACAAUACACUGGUUGGCAGUCAAUGGGAGAACAGAGGUUUUACAUGAUCUGUUCGCUUUUGUCCCUGAUGUUGAUGUGGAGGAUGCCCAGGGACAAACGGCGUUACAUGUAGCAUGUCAGAAUGGACACAAAUCUACUGUGAUUUGUUUACUGGACCAUGGAGCGGACAUCAAUCGAGCUAAUCACAAUGGAUGGACUCCUCUACACUUUGCCUGCAGUCACGGCCAGCAUGACAGUGGAGACAUCCUACUGAGGAGGGGUGCCAAGUUCGCUGGGGAUAACUUUGGGAAAACCCCUCUUGACCUCUGUUUGGAAGGUGGCUACAAUGAGACCUGCAGCAUCCUUCUAAAGUACGUCCCCAAUCUACUGGAACAACUCAUUACCAGCGUCAGGAGUCAGAAGAUCAAAGAGCCAGAGUAUUUUAAAGUUCUGAAGCAUGUCACCAGUCAAGGCAGUGGAAUAGCAGACCGAGUGCUGACUUCUCUUUCAGAGGAAGCCUCUGUGAUAGGUCACAAUUUACUGAGUGUGUCCAGCAAUGUGGAGACCCAGGUGUCCUGUCUGCUGAAGAGUGUAAGGGUGCUGUGUAAGCUUUACACCCACAUCUACAAAUCCCCACCCUCCCCCUCCUCCCCCAACACACCCAGAGGACUGCUGGGGGUUAAACCCCAGUCCCCGAAAGCUACAGAGGUGUUUGGGCCCCUUGAAGCAUUAUGGCAGCUGCUUGCUGAUUGGCUGUGCCUGUUACGAUUAGAAUUCAACAAAGACAGCGACUCCCAAUUAAGGAAGACUUCCGAAUCAACAGACAAUGAAAACACACAACCUCAGGAUAAGUCUCCCAAAGAUAAGGAAGAGAACUCUGAUGGUGGUGAUAAAGUGGCUGUGUCAGUCAGUGAGUACAUCAGAGGGGUGGAUCCGAGGUCAUGUGAUCAGGAGGGGAUCCUGAAGAGUCUGUGUGUGGAUCAAGAUGUGGUGGGGGUUAUUCUGCCACGGAUUUGCGGGGUCAUCCACGCGUUUUAUAUUUGCUGUACUUGUCAACACGGUCAUCCUCAAAUGACAUCUCCCAGGUUUAUUGAAUUUGUUUGUCAGCAUAACAAAGAACUAAAACUUCUUGUUGCAAGGAGUCCUGAGGUGAUUUUUGAUCACUUCCAUUUCCUGCUGGAAUGUCCGGAACUCAUGUCCCAGUUCCUGCACAUCAUCAGGGCCCAGCCCUUUGAAUCCAGAAGGCGUUGGUUCUAUGAUAACUUGGACAGGGAGGGGUCUAACAGAGAAAUCAUCCACUCUCCACCCGAUGAUAAUGAUGUUCUUGUGAUCAACAGAGAGAGGAUGUUUCACAGCAGCUGUGAGGGUCUAAUCAAACAGCCCCUUGAGAAACUGAAGAAGGGACUGGCCAUCCGAUUCCAAGGGGAGGAGGGCAUGGGUUCAGGUGUUGUAAGAGAAUGGUUUGAUGUCUUAUCCCGGGAAAUCCUCAACCCAGACUAUGCUCUUUUCACCCAGUCAGCUGAUGGGUGUACCUUCCAGCCCAAUAGUAACUCGGCCAUUAACCCUGACCACCUGAACUACUUUCGUUUUGCGGGACAGACCCUGGGACUGGCGCUGUAUCAUCAACAUCUUCUGAGUGUUUACUUCACCAGGUCGUUCUACAAGCACAUCCUUGGUAUCCCUGUGAACUACACUGAUGUCGCCUCCAUUGAUCCAGAGUAUGCAAAGAAUCUACAGUGGAUCCUGGAUCAUAAUAUAGACAACAUUGGUCUUGACUUGACUUUCUCCGUGGAGACCGAUGUGUUUGGAGCCAUGCAGGAAGUGGCGCUGAAACAAGGGGGUGCCACCAUUCCUGUCACUGAGAAAAAUAAGACCGAGUAUGUACAGCUGGUGACAGAACUCCGGAUGACCCGAGCCAUCCAGCCACAAAUCGACAGCUUCCUGUCCGGAUUUCACGAGUUUAUACCACAGGCCCUCGUACAGAUGUUUGAUGAGUUUGAAUUGGAGCUGAUGUUGUCUGGACUACCCGAGAUAAACAUCGAGGACUGGAGACAAUACACGGAGUACAGUGGAUAUGAUGAUGCCUGCCCUCAAAUACAGUGGUUCUGGGAAGUUGUAGAAGAGCUAAGUCAACAAGACAGAGUACUGUUGCUACAGUUCUGUACAGGAAGCUCCCGUGUCCCAUUUGGUGGCUUCUCUCAUUUGGGUGGUGGUGGGGGGCCACAGAAGUUCACCAUCAGUCAGGUCACCUACCAACCCCAGCUCCUGCCCACAGCCAGUACCUGCAUCAAUCUACUGAAAUUACCUGAAUAUCCCAGUAAAUCUGAGUUAAAGGAACGUUUGAUGGUAGCUCUCCAGUGUGGCAGUCAGGGAUAUGCAAUGGUUUAACCAAGGAUAUGUAGUUUAUAACCAGGGAUAUGCAAUGAUUUAACCAGAAAUAUGCAAUGGUUAACCAGGAAUAUGCAGUGGUUUAAUAAGGGAUAUGCAAUGCUUUGACCAGGCUUGUACAAUAUGGUUUAACUACGCUGGAUUCCUGAGUCAAAAGUGCAAAGCAGGAACUGUCUGUAUCCUUUGUGAUAUUUAAGAAGGCCUUAUGCAAAAGGACCUCAAAACGUGUAUGGUACUGAAUGUACAAUGGUGAACUUGACCUUUUGUAUGACACUUAAUGAAACUGCAAUCUGGCAUUGAAUGUUUAGAAAAAGUGAACUGUACAUCAAAACCACGUUAAAGACUUGUUAGAUUUAUUUGAUAGUUGAACGAUUUUUUCCAAUAUUUUGCUAAGAUAACUUGUAUUUGUGAUAUUUUUAUUGAACAAUUUUUUCUAAUAUUGUGCUAAGAUAAUAAGUAUUUGUGAUAUUUUUAUAGUACUCUAUACUAUGCGUAUCUCACUUUCCACUCUCAUAAUGACUGUGAUUCUGUUGGUUUUCUCGAAUACAGUACAUAUAUAUGUUUCUACAUCUUUUCAUGCUUAUCUUGCAAUGUGUGUUCAGAGUUUUCAAUAUUUUAAACCAGGUUUUCCAACGGAAAAAUCCAGUUAUUGAAAUGGUGAAAAUGGCAGGCGGCUGCCAAAAGGGUACCGUCAUUGUACGGAUAACUCCUCCUACAGUUUUCAAGAUAAGAAUUUGUUCUUUUGCAGAUCAAUUGAACUUAUAUCAGAGGUGUACAUAUUGCUAGGAUUUUGAUUUCUGAUAAUUUAUGAAAAAAAAUAUCAGCUUUUGGCUGUCAUUUUUUGGCAAAAUAUUGCAUAUAAGGUAUCCAUUUCACUGGAUACGGUAGGUAGUGUUUAUCAAUUCAGGGUUGACAUGAAUUAUGGAUACAGUUCACAUAGAAAAAAACCUGGUUUUCUGUUACAUUGACAGCUUUUCAUUUGUUAAACAUUUAUCUUAUUAACUCUGCUUAAUUGAUAAAACAAAUUCUUUGGAGAAAUAACCAUUAGCUAUUUAUAAUUCAGCUGUUUUGAUCACAGACCCACACCAACAAUUUAAUUGAAAUUACUUAUUAUAAUAUUAAUAAAAUAAGUUUGUUAAGUGAAAUAAUCUCAUUAAAAUGUGCAAGGGAUGAACAGUUUGUGAUUUGCUUUAAACGUGAUUUUUUUUUUCUGUAAAGCUAAUUGUAUGAUUUAAGAGUUUGGAAAAUGAAACUGACUUCACUCUAAGCAUGAAUUCGUUAUAAGUGUGUAAGGUGUGUUAACUGUCUACAAGGUUUUACUGUAGUGUGGAAUACGUGAAAUUAUGGGAGGAAGAACAAGAUUAACAAUCAAACACGUUAGAUGGGAGUCAAGGAAUGAAAUUAUAUAUCAUCAUUUGUGUGUGUGUGUAUUUUUUGUUUCUAGGUUUUCAGUAUGCCUGUACCAGUAUAUAUUUUUAUUGAAAAGCUUUACUUUGUGCAGAAAUUACAACUACAAAAGUAUUUUCUGUGGAAGAAAGCUGAGAGGAAUUGCAAUCUAUUUUUAUUAAAAGAAAAAGUAAUAAUUUAUAACAUGAAGUUUUGGGGUUUUUUAGUAAAUGAACAAACCAGCUGGCUCAAACUCAAACUCAAGUUCUUUUAUGUUGUAUUUUUUUGUUCUCAGUUAUACAUACAUGUACCUAUGAAGCUUUGUACAAUUAGCAUACUUGUUAACUCAUUUGUUGUGAUCUUAAAAGAUUUAACUCUUGCUUUAAUGCAUGAAUAUACAUGUAUAAGCACAUGCACAUUUAAACUUUGCUGAUCACAAUUCGUAUGUUGUCAUUAACUUUUUGCAAUUUCCUACUGAUUUUUUUCUUCAAAACUACACUGUACAUCACCAAUUUAUACUGAGCUUGGCACAAAGCUGUUUUAAUGAAAUGUGGGGCUAUGUCCCUUUAAUGGGAGUGCUAGGGAAAUUGAGAAAACAGUAUCCUCACAAAAGGUACAUGUAGUAGAUAUAAAUUGGUGCCAGUGAUCCUUAUUCAAAACUUAUUUAAACCUGCAGAAAGGGACCACAAAAAUGACUAACCAAGAAUUACAUUAAAAAAUCAGAUGCCAAAAUUUGUGAAAAUUGAUGAAAGUAAAUUACAUUAUUACAUUAUCAAUUAAACAUUGGGAUUUCAGAAGGGUAAUUUGUUUAAUAGAAAUGGAAGCAUUUAUUUUCUAAGAUUGUCGAAGGCCAAAGAGCAGAGAGUUGCAAUUGACACUCAAUAUCUGUCUUACAAAUACAGUAAAAUCUAGUUGUAACAAACACAAAUAAAAGGAAUUUAUGUUUAUUAUGAAUUCAUGCAGAUAAUAUCAUAAGCAGUCAUAUAUACAUAGAGUUGUAUUACAACAUCAAUAACAAAGUUUUUAACACCUCAAAAUUGUUUGUUAGUUGUUGGUUUUCUUGAGAUAAACUGUUAUUGUCUGUGAAAUUAGUAUGACUGUGCACAUGUUAUUGCAAUGUAAAACAGUCAAUUUGUCAAAACCAUCAGAUUUUUUCUGUCACAGUCUGGGUAUCAAUGUUCAGGUGAGUGAUGUGACCCAUGGAUCUCUUUUUUUUUUUAAACUUAAUAUAACUUAAGUAUACCAGUCGUUGCAACCAUUGUUAUGCAAUUUGGUUUUUUCUAGUUAGUUGAGCCUUGUAAUGUUGAUGAUAUUUUUGUUUACAGUGACAACUUGUCUCUAAUUUUUUAUUUAUUUCUAUUAAUGUUAAUUUUUAGUCCCGUUUUUAUUACAAAACAAGAUGAUUAUUUUUGUUUUUAUACUUUUGCUAUAUUAUUAUCAUUUUCCUGUAAUGAUUCAAAUAAUGUUAUAUGUUGUUAUUAAAUAAACUCUUUUCAGCCGAA